AAGUCACGCUGCCCUCCGCCAGUAUAAAAGUUGACGUGGAUUGUCUGUCGGCCUCUUUCUGUUACCUGGCAAGGGGCAGCAGCUUUGGCCGCGACAACGCAGAAACACCGAAACUACAACAAUGGGGAAGGAAAAGACGCACAUUAACAUCGUGGUCAUUGGCCAUGUCGACUCCGGCAAGUCCACUUCCACCGGCCACUUGAUCUACAAGUGCGGCGGCAUCGACAAGAGAACCAUCGAGAAGUUCGAGAAGGAGGCGGCUGAGAUGGGCAAGGGCUCCUUCAAGUACGCGUGGGUGCUGGACAAGCUGAAGGCCGAGCGGGAGCGCGGCAUCACCAUCGACAUCGCUCUGUGGAAGUUCGAGACCAGCAAGUACUACGUGACCAUCAUUGAUGCCCCCGGGCACAGGGACUUCAUCAAGAACAUGAUCACGGGCACAUCGCAGGCUGACUGCGCCGUGCUGAUCGUUGCCGCGGGUGUGGGAGAGUUCGAGGCCGGUAUCUCCAAAAACGGACAGACCCGCGAGCACGCCCUGCUGGCCUUCACCCUGGGCGUCAAGCAGCUCAUCGUCGGCGUCAACAAGAUGGACUCGACCGAGCCCCCUUACAGCCAGAAGCGUUUUGAGGAAAUCACCAAGGAAGUCAGCACCUACAUCAAGAAGAUCGGGUACAACCCCGCCACCGUCGCCUUUGUACCCAUCUCCGGGUGGCACGGAGACAAUAUGCUGGAGACCAGUGAGAAGAUGGGCUGGUUCAAGGGCUGGAAGGUCGAGCGCAAGGAGAGCAAUGCCAACGGUAGCACCCUGCUGGAGGCUCUGGAUGCCAUCCUGCCCCCCUCACGUCCCACCGACAAGCCCCUCCGUCUGCCACUGCAGGAUGUCUACAAAAUUGGAGGUAUCGGAACGGUGCCGGUCGGCCGCGUGGAGACCGGCGUCCUGAAGCCCGGCAUGGUCGUCACCUUCGCCCCCACCAACCUGACCACCGAGGUCAAGUCCGUGGAGAUGCACCACGAGUCGCUGCCCGAGGCCACCCCCGGCGACAACGUGGGGUUCAACGUCAAGAACGUGUCCGUCAAGGAGAUCCGUCGCGGUUACGUCGCCGGCGACAGCAAGAACGACCCGCCCAAGGGUGCCGAUAACUUCAAUGCUCAGGUCAUCAUCCUGAACCACCCGGGCCAGAUCAACGAGGGCUACGCCCCCGUGCUGGACUGCCACACGGCCCACAUCGCCUGCAAGUUCAAGGAGCUCAUCGAGAAGAUCGACCGUCGUUCCGGCAAGAAGCUCGAGGACAACCCCAAGUUCGUCAAGUCCGGAGACGCCGCCAUCGUCAAGAUGAUCCCCCAGAAGCCCAUGGUGGUGGAGCCCUUCGCCAGUUACCCCCCCCUCGGUCGCUUCGCCGUGCGAGACAUGAGGCAGACGGUGGCCGUCGGCGUCAUCAAGGCCGUGGAGACCAAGGAAGUGAGCGGGAAGACGACCAAGGCCGCGGAGAAGGCCCAGAAGAAGAAAUGAAUUGUCGUGCGGGACACCCGGCGAGGGGACGCGUGCCGGCAGCAGCGGGCCGCCGCCCCGUCGUCCCCGCCGCGCUCCUCGCCGUCCUCGCUCCGCCCCCCUUCGUCUCUGAGGCGCAGCUCUGUGCUCAAGGACUGGCUUAUGCUGAUUAAAACUCAUCGCAAAAGUUUUCGCAGGAAAAAAGAACUUUGCGGCUUUGUCGGUCACCGCAAUCACAUGCCGGUGCCUCUUUAAGUUUUGAAAAGGGUUACGACUGUACAUUGAUGUUCAAAUGCCACAAAUUGGAUUGGAAACGAAAGCGGCUGGUAACUAAUAAAAAUGUCUUUGAAAAAACGGA